UGCUGUGUCUGCUCCCGGGGGCCCAUCAGAAUCUGUCCGUGGUCCCACGCACGGAGAGAGAAACGCAUUUCGCAUUCAACUCCAUUAAGAGUUAAACGCCAGCCACACGCUCUGUGUGCGUCCGGUCCUGGGACCCCCCUGCAGGAACUCCGAGAGUCUUCAGGACCUCGCUGAGGGAGGCGGUGCGCUCUGCUCGGACCCACUACAGUCUCGUAAAAGCCCUCCCCACUCGUUCCCCUCCAUCACUUGACAGAGAGCGAGCGGUGCGAGAGCAUCCUCCCCGCCGGGUACCGGACAGCCCCUCCACUCUGUGGCAGCAGGGCUACCGCAGCGCAGCGCACCGGAGCGGAGCGGAGCUGGAGGAGAGCGUCGAGCCGGAGUGGAGAGGAGAAGAGGAGGAGGACGGACGGACUGUCUCCCCUCCGACAGACGGGAUUGUAAUCUGCAGCAUCCCGUCGCUUCAACAUGCCUCUGGGGAGUAAAAGACUCGCUGGGAUUACUGCGCUGGUCGCGUCGCUGCUGCUCGGCUCCUGCGGGACAGGUGGAGAAGAGGUAUGUGACAGCCCACUGGUGAGCAAUCUGCCGCCGUCAUCGUUCAGAAGCUCCUCCCAGCUAACCAGCAGCCAUGGGCCGGUCUUUGCCAAAGUCAACAGGAGAGAAGGAGCUGGUGGUUGGUCUCCCCUCGUCUCAGACAGGUACCAGUGGCUGGAGGUGGAUCUGGGGAGGCGGACCCAAAUCACUGCCGUCGCCACGCAGGGACGCUACGGCAGCUCCGAUUGGCUGACGGGUUACCUGUUGAUGUUCAGCGACACGGGACACAACUGGAGGCAACACCGGCAGGAAGACAGCUUAGGGGCUUUUCCAGGAAACAGUAAUGCAGACACGGUGGUCCAAUACAAACUGAAACAGCCCGUGAUAGCCCGCUACCUCCGCCUGAUUCCUCUUGACUGGAACCCCACUGGGAGGAUUGGACUCAGACUGGAGAUAUAUGGAUGUCAAUAUACUUCUGACGUGGCCAACUUCGAUGGCAGCAGCAGCCUGAUUUACAGACUGAGUGUGAGGCCCAGCUGGUCGGAGAUGGAGGUCAUAUCUCUGAAGUUUAAAACCCUGAGGAAUUCUGGGACACUGCUCCAUGCAGAAGGACAGAGAGAUCACAGCCUCACUCUGGUGUUGGAGAAAGGAAAGCUUCUGCUCUACCACCAACAAGGUGUGAGUUCAUCCUCCGGCGGGCAGCUUCUUGUGUCUCUGGGAAGUCUGCUGGAUGACCAGCACUGGCACCAUGUGAAGCUGGAGCGGCUCAGCACUCAUCUCAACCUCACCGUGGAUAAAAACACCCAGCAGGUCCACGUACCGGCUGAGCUCAGCCACUGGGACAUUCACCAGCUGAGUCUGGGAGCUGUCCAGAGCCACGGACUGCAGAAGCCCAUCCUUUCCAACAGGAACUUCCAUGGCUGCCUGGAAAACCUGCUGUACAACGACCUCAACCUGCUCUACCUGGCUAAGAGGAACAACCACCAGGUGUCUGCUGUGGGCAACGUGACCUUUUCUUGUGCUGAGCCAGUUUCGGUCUCUGCGACGUUCACUGCCGCCCACAGCUUCCUCCAGUUGCCAGGGCUGACAACGUGGUCAUCCGGGGUCAUCUCUGUGGCGCUGCAGUUCCGGACGUGGAACAAGGCUGGGCUUCUCUUGACCUUUGACCUCCCGCAGCAGGAGGGCAUGGUGUGGCUGUACCUGAGCGAGGCCAGACUGCGCCUACAGAUCAGUGGAGGUGGCAGGGCUCAGCUGGACCUCAGCGCAGGCUCCGCUCUGAAUGAUGGUCAGUGGCAUUCUGUGGAGCUGAACUCACGAGAAGAUCACCUGAGCAUUACGGUGGACAAAGACGAAGGAGCCACCGCUCACGUCAGCAUCCCACUUCCUCUGACCGCAGACAGUCAGCUCUAUUUCGGUGGUUGUCCUGUUCAGGAGGGCAGUCAGGAGUGCAGGAACCCCUUCAGGGUGUUUCAGGGCUGUAUGCGUCUGUUGACUCUGGACGAUCAACCUGUUGACCUGAUCAAGGUGCAACAAAGGCUGCUGGGAAACUACAGCCACUUACAGAUCGACAUGUGCGGCAUCAUCGACAGGUGCUCUCCUAGUCACUGUGAACAUGGAGGUAGAUGCACUCAGUCUUGGAGCACCUUCCACUGUAACUGCUCCAACAGCGGCUACAGAGGAGCCACCUGCCACAGCUCGACAUAUGAGCAGUCAUGUGAGGCGUACAAACACAAAGGCAACACAUCAGGACAUUAUUACAUAGACGUGGACGGCAGUGGACCAAUCCAACCCCAGCUCAUCUACUGUGACAUGACAGAGGACAGGACGUGGAUGGUGAUCCAGCACAACAACACAGAGCUGACCCCGGUGCAUUCGUCCCCUGAGAGGAGCCAACAUUCAGCACACUUUGACUACGCCGCCGGAGAGGAGCAGUUAGCAGCCAUCGUCAGCCAAUCAGAGCACUGUGAGCAGGAACUGUCCUACCACUGCAGGAAGUCCCGCCUCCUCAACACACCAGAGGGUGCUCCGUUCAGCUGGUGGCUCGGCGGUCCUGCUCCAGGUCAGGUCCAGGCGUACUGGGGAGGGGCUCUGCCGGACAGCCGGCAGUGUGCCUGUGGUCUGCAGGACAACUGUCUGGAUUCAAAUCACUACUGCAACUGUGACGCUGACUACGACCAGUGGACUAAUGACUCAGGCCUGCUCACCCACAAGGAGACCCUCCCGGUCCGGUCUCUGGUGCUGGGCGACAUCCAGCGGCCGGGGUCCGAGGCUGCCUACAGGGUGGGACCCCUCCGUUGUCAUGGUGACAAAAACUUCUGGAACGCUGCGUUUUUUGACAAGGAGACGUCUUACCUUCACUUUCCCACCUUCCACGGAGAGCUGAAUGCAGACAUCUCCUUCCUUUUUAAAACACCGUCCUCCUCCGGGGUCUUUCUGGAAAAUCUGGGCAUCAAAGACUUCAUCCGGAUCGAACUCAGCUCCUCCUCAGAGGUCGUCUUCUCCUUCGACGUGGGAAACGGGCCGCUCGAGGUGCGAGUGGAGACGCACGUCCCGCUGAACGACAACCGGUGGCACAGCGUGCGCGCCGAGCGGAACGUGAAGGAGGCGUCGCUGCGCGUCGACAACUUCCCCGCCGCCACGCAGGAGGCUCCCGCCGACGGACACAUUCACCUGCAGCUCAACAGCCAGUUAUUCAUAGGAGGCACUGCGUCGAGACAGAAGGGCUUCCUGGGCUGCAUUCGUUCUCUUCAGCUGAAUGGCGUCACUCUGGACCUGGAGGAGAGGGCGAAGAUCACCCCGGGCGUCCGUCCUGGGUGCCCGGGCCACUGCAGCAGCUACGGGUCACUCUGCCAGAACCAGGGCCGCUGCGUGGAGAGAGCCAGUGGUUUCUCAUGCGACUGUGGCCAGUCAGCCUUCACAGGAUCCUUUUGUCAUGAAGAGGUUUCAGCCAGCUUUAUGUCGACCACGUCCAUCACCUACACCCUCAAGGAGCCCUAUGAACUGAGCAGGAACAGCAGCGUCUUGCCUUCCUCCAUCUACUCUGAUACGACUCUGCGAGGAGAGAACAUCUCCCUGAGCUUCAGGACCAGUCAGAGUCCUGCUCUGCUGCUCUACAUCAGCUCGUUCUACAGGGAGUACCUGGCUCUGCUCGUCAACCAGCAUGACGAGCUGGAACUGAGGUACAAGCUGCACAGCAGCAGAGAUGUGGAGGUGCUGUGGAGCAGAGUCACCAACUUGGCUGAUGGACGCCUGCACACAGUGACCAUCGGGAGACUGGCAGACACUGUCUCCGUUCAGAUUGACCAGGAUGCCAGAGAGGACUUCAACUUGACAUCUGAUGUUGAAUUCAACAGCAUCAAAUCGCUCGUCCUGGGCAGAGUGCAGGAGCCUGAUGAGUUGGAGGCUGAGCUGGCCGGGUUGGCCUCUCUUGGGUUCACCGGCUGUCUGUCAGGUGUUCGCUUCAACUCCAUCAGUCCUCUGAAAGCCGCUCUGCUGCACCCCGACAGCCCUGUUACUGUCACUGGCCCAUUGGUCCAGACGAGCUGUGGUUCGUCCUCCCCAGCCGAUUCCUACGCAGCAGAAACCACACACUCCUUAUCAGACCAGCCCAGCUCAGCGGAUCCAGGUCAACCUUUAGUCAACGCCAUCAGGAGUGACUCAGCUCUAAUUGGAGGGUUGAUCGCCGUUGUGAUCUUCGUCACCGUGUCUGCACUGGCGAUAAUGGCCAGAUUCAUCUGCAGCAGGAAAGAGACGUAUCGAGCCCAGGAAGUGAAAGCAGCUCAGCCCGAAGACAGCCACGAGUUCCCCUUCAGCAGCCAGGCGGACUGUGAGAGUGCUCCCAGUGAAAACCAAAAGGAGUAUUUCAUCUAGGAGGAGCGCUGACCUCCCGCUGACCUGACAGGACAGAGCUGGAGGAUUUACCAAGAGACACACACACACACACAGCCCUGCUAGCCACUGCUACCAGUGACUCAACAAGAUGUGAAGUGAAAAACCAGAACAAUCUUAUUUAUUUCCUUCCUGCUGUCAUUUUGCGGAUGUAAAUAUUUACAAAUGUAAAUGGUAAUUUGUGUGCUUGUAUCAAUAUUUCUCUGCCAUAUUGAAAUGUUUAAAGUCAUUUAUUAAAAGGAAAGGGAGCACUUUAUAUUGGGGUACGCUUAUCAACUGUUGCUUAUUAGCAUGCAUUUUAGUAGCGUGUUGGCUCCUUAUUGGUCAUUGUAAAUAAUUUAUUGAUGCCUUAUUCUGCAUGACACAACUACAUGGCCAAUCAAGCAUUUUCACUCAACAAUCUCCUAAAUACUGUUUAUUGACAGUAAAUAAGGAAGAUGUUGAAACGCGUCUCCAGCUGAACCCUAGUUUUUCUCUGGUACGCUGUGUUCAGCGUGCACUUCUCUCCUGUGUGGCAAGUCUUGUUUUUUUUCAGUGUCAGCGAGUCUCUGUGUGAUCAGGGCCUGACACUGUUAAUAUGCUUCGCUCAGUGUGGGCUUUAUCAGGUGGUAAAAAAUAAACAAUUUCCUGAGGAACACUCUCAUGUAACAAAACACAAAACUAACUCAGAUUAUGUCAUCCUUUCUGAAGUGAAGUGUUGCUCCUAGUAGUUUGACGGUUUUAAAACCAAACAGGUUCUACUUGUUCAAACAUACUUUUAACACACUGGUUUUGUGUUUUGUCACUUCAGAAUAGAAUUUAUUUAUGAAGUUAAUUUCUGAUCAGAAAUGCCUCCCAGCACAUCUCGUCAGGAAAACAAGGAGACCCACUGCAAAUCGAUGUUGUAUGCCAGGUCUGUGAACUUCACAAGUUACUCUACCAGCUGAUUCAAAAGAUUAACGGGCUUGGGCAGAUAUUAGAAAUUAUCAAACGCUGCAUUAUUUGCUGUCGUAAGCAACACAUCAAGCGGCUGUGUGUUUCUGAGGAACUUCCCUGACUGUAUUAUCAUUUAUUACAGUGUUAUUUCCAAGGGAACCAGUGACAGACUAGCUGCACUUAAUGUAUAAUACUAAUACACGUUACUAUAAGUAAAGAAGGGGACAGCAUAUCAACCUGUCAGUCCUUUAUAUAGCUAUAAUGUUCACACUACUAAUCAACAUUAAAUAAAAUAGCAUAAAAUGAAAUGAAAUAAAAUACUAUAAAUACAUGUUGUAAGAAAAGCUGACACCCAAAACUAACAAUGAUAACAUCAUGCAUUGUGACAUAUGGCACGUGCAUCAUGUGUGUUUCGGGCAGGACAAUAUGGUGAUAUAAAAUGUUGAAUUUCGCCCAGACCUACAGAUCAGCACAUGUACAAAAAAUAAAUAAAUAAAUAAAUAAAGUAGGCCUCUACCAAUGGGUUGCAACGACUUCUAUCAAGCAUGUAUCAACUGACACUAGAUUAAGUAAAAAGUGAUGAGAGACAAAAUGUGAUUGUUCAUUAUGUGCGCCGCCGUACUUCUGUGCAGUCGUCUGUGUGUACAUCGGUCAGGCCUGGUGGAUCUUACAGGUGGAAGUUGAAUCAGACACGCUUUAUAAUGACUAAUAUGAAACCAAUAUGUUGCUAAUAUGCAUGCUAAUUAAUGACUAGGAAAUGGUUAACAUGAGUAGCCUAAUAUAAAGUGUUACAAUAGGAGACAUGCAGCAUUAAUGUGAUGAUGGAAACACAACUUUGUUCCACUUGAGACUUUUGGACGUUCCGUGUUAAUUUAUAUAAAAAAAAAAAAAAAAAGCAUUUUUUCUACAUGGAUGAUGAACCUUCUGUGAUGUGUGAGAUGUCAGAGCCAUACAGUACGUGUCGAAACGUGUGCAGAGGGAUGCAGCUGACCGGAGGACUGAAAUGUGUCUUUCACAUCUGCACAUAAGAGCUCAGCCAUGUCACAGUCACUAAAUCAACUGAAACCCUCCUGUUACAACUGAACAUCAUUUCUACACCCGCUGUACAUACAAAUACAAAAUUAAAGUCA